GAAACCCACGGCUUGGUAGCCGUGUUUGAAAUGACGUGCAGUAUUUCUCGUCAUAGAAAACAUCAUAAACAUGGCCGAAGAAAGCGGCGGAGCGAGUUGGUGGGGGACGUGGGGCUCAGAAUUCAUCUCGAGUGUUCGCGAAAAGUCUUCAGAGGCUAUGUCCAUGGUAAAACAAGAUCUUGCUGAGUUUGUGAGUACCAUUCAGCAAGACACGUCAACUGUGGUAGCUGAUACUGCUACUGCUGUCAAGGAAAGCCUUAAGGUAGAGGAGGAGGAGGAACAGGAAGGGACCUCGGCAUAUUUUAAACAAGGUGUGUCCAAAUUUCUUGGGACUCUGUCAACCAGCUUAAGAGAGAACAUCUCCCAUGUAGCCACUGCUGCUGCAGGUGUCACCUCUGAUGGUCCUGAGCUGGUCUUUGACAGAAUGCAGGCACGUCUUCAUGAAAUUCAGACAGACCCAGCCACAUUUUGUUCAGAACCAGAUGGUCAUCUAGCUAUGUAUGAAGAAUGGUGUAAAACUUUUGACCCUGAACAACACAAGGGAGAAAUAUCUGAGUUGCUGGUUAAUGUACCAGAGAUCAGGGCUCUCUAUGCAAAACUGGUUCCUAGUGCUGUUACCCAUGGUCUAUUUUGGCAGAGAUAUUUCUACAAAGUACAUCAACUUCAACAGGAAGAAAAGAAGAGAGCAGCACUUGUUGCAAGGGCAAACCAAGCCCAAGACGAGGAUCUAGGAUGGGGUGAUGAAGAUUUGUGGGAUAUUGAAGAGAUAGACGUGGACAGUCAACUGAUGAGUAAACAUGCUACAAAUGAAGGCAGCAAGGAUCCCAUUACUAAUAAGACUCAAGUGACAAAGACUGGGCAACAAGAACCAGGGAAAGAAAAAUCUAAUGAAGUCACGGCAGCGAUAAAGGAGCAAGGUAUUCAGCCAGCUGUCUCUUUUGAGAAACAAGAGAAACAAGAAAAGCCAGUUAUCAUGGCACCAGUUAGUAGUCACCUGAGUAUAAGUGAGAAGGCGAGCAAAGGGGAAAGCUCAGAGGUGAAAGAGCAGCAACCAUCACAGGAGACUUUUGUUCAGGAACCAGCUGAGUUACCAACGAAGAAAACGGAACAAGCCUCACAACAUCAACCAAAUAAUAAAGAAAUGGAAAAAUCUGGUGACCACCAGGACCCUUCACUAGCUGAGCAAUCAAAAGAAUUAGCAGAAGAUUCAGCAGGUGACAAAACAGCUAUUGCAGAGCUUCAAACUUCACACAAGCGUGAAAACAGCAGUGGCUCUGUGGACAGUUCAUGGUCUAAACUAAGUGAAGAAGAACUCAAGGCUAAUGGAGAUAAAGAAGCCGGUUCAAAAGAGAUUCGCACUGGGUCUGGUAACAGCUCUACUUCAUCUGGCAGUGGUGUACUGGUACCUAGCGUGGACGACAAAGACGUGGACUGGGAUGAUGACGAUGAUGAUUUAGACUUAAACGAGGACAUGGACGAGGAGGAGGUCAAGAAAAUCAUGCAAAGUAUGGCGGCGAAAAAACAGAGUGGAGAUGAUGGCACUGGAGAUGCGGAUGACGAUGACUGGGAAAACUGGGACUAGCCAAGGAUAAGAACAAAACAGAAGUUAGAGAAUAGUUGACAGGGGAAAUAUGGCCUGACCAUUGUGGAAUAGAAAAUACACAUUUAAAUCUUUACUGAAAUUUUUUCAACAACGUUUCUGAAACAAUAUUUUAUAUGCAACUGAAGAUUAUUUAAUAGACAAAGUUAAGACAGGGUUUGCUGUGGUUAUACAUGUGCUCGAGAAUGCUUGCCUUUGUUUCAUUUAAUCUAUUUUUUUGC